AUGACGACGCAGGCCAGGACGAAGGGGUGGGAAAGGGAUUCCAAAGUAAACGCGGACUACGAGUAUGAAAGGUUAAUCAAGUUGGAGAAUAAAUUCAACAUAAAACCAUGGCUAAGUAAAGGGCAGAAGGAGGGAUACCUGUACAACAUUGUACCCACAGUUCUGAAUGUGGUUGUGAAGAAUUCGAACAAGUCGCAGAAAAAGACAGGCGUGCACAUGUACUUCGUGUCAGACAACAACAAGACAUGGAGAUUAACGAUGUUCUAUCGGCCAUACUUCUACCUGAAGACGAAGAACAUUCACAACUACGAAGCGGUGACAAAGUACCUAAGGAAGGAGUUGGAUAAAUACAACGUCGAAAUAGAUUACGUGAAGAAGGAGGACUUGAGUCUGUAUGAUCACCUAAAUAAAAAAAGGAGCUACCUGAGUAAUAUAUUCUUUAAACUCUCCUUCGAUACAAUAGAAAAUCUUCUAAAUGCAAGGGAUUUCAUUUCCAAAAUAAUUGAGAGAAACAAGAAGAAUAAGGAACGAAACAACACUUCAAAUGCCGACAAGCACAUAUUUAAUGAAUUCGAAUAUGAAUUGUCGCAGAGCAAAUUAGAUUUUUCUUACAAACACGAUACUCCCUAUAAUAAAUAUGAUCAGACUCGCGAAACUGGCGUGGUGACAAAAAGUGAGGUUGGAAAUGCGAAAAGAGAGGAACAGAGGGACCCCAAAAAGACACACACAUUCAACAACAACACAGGUGACCUUGGCGGAAGAACUAAGAAGAACGACGCACACGUAACGGUGAGCACCCCAAAGCUAAACAUGAACGAAAUAAUAAUAAAUACAAAGAAGCAAAUUUUAAGCAAGGAAGAAAUUUUGCAAGAAAUAACAGAGAUAUACGAAUACGAUGUGAAGUAUACCACACGAAUAUGCAUAGAUCAGAAUAUUAGAUGUGGACUAUGGUAUAGGAUCACCAGAGAUGAAGACGAAUUAUACACAGAGACGGAAGCAGUCCAUUUCGAAGUAUUAAAUAAGAAGGUUCUAGCCCCUUUGAAUGUGCUCGCAUGGGAUAUCGAGUGUUAUAAAGAUGAGCUAAAAUUUCCAGAUAAGGAAAAAGACGAAAUUAUCCUUAUAUCCUAUAUGUACAACGCGCAGGGGUACCUAAUAGUUAACAGAAAUGUGAUGAGCAAAAAUAUUAGAGAGUUUCUGUAUAAGCCAAAUGAAGAAUACUCUGGAGCAGGGACAUUCAAAAUCUUCAAUGAACAAAAUGAAUAUUUUCUUUUAAAACGUUUUUUAGAACAUAUAAGAAUAUUGAAAAUACACAUUUUUGUCACGUACAAUGGAGAUUUCUUUGACAUUCCAUACCUCUUCCGGAGAUGCGAAAUUAACAACUUGAGUGUACCGAAAGAAAUUGGGUUCAUCAUGAAUUACACCAAACAAGAAUGUGCAUGCAAUUUUAUCCUUAAUAUAGAUGCAUACAAGUGGGUAGAACGGGAUUCUUACUUACCUAAUGGAUCCAGAACACUAAAGAGUGUGUGUAAAAUUAAGCUAAAAUAUAACCCUACGGAGGUAGACCCAGAACUUAUGGUUUCUAUUGCAAAAAAGAAUCCACAACAUUUGGCUGUAUACAGUGUGUCAGAUGCAGUUGCCACCUUUUAUUUGUAUGAUAAAUUUAUUCACAAUUUCUUAUUCGCAUUGUGCUCUAUCAUUCCGAUGAACCCAGACAACGUUCUAAGACAAGGAAGUGGAACCCUCUGUGAACAGUUACUAAUGGCAGAGGCAUAUAAAAAAAAUAUUCUCUUCCCAAACAAAUUCAAACCUGCGUAUAAUCAAUACUUCACCGAUGUCGAAAGUAAGAAAAAAUAUUUUAUCUAUGAUGAUUCCUUUGUUGGUGGAACUGUACAGAGUCUAAAAUGUGGGAUCUACAGAGACGAUCUGAAAGAACACUUCAACUUAGAUGUAGACACGUACAAGUACCUAGUGGAGAAUGUUGAUAACAUUAUUGAUUUUUGGGUUCAAAAGGAUCUGAACAAAAACUGCAGUCCUAGUGAUCCAAAGUAUAUUAACAAGAAUCAAAUUAUUAAUUUGAAGCAAAUUAAAAACGACAUUAUAGAUAAGCUAAAUUUCUUCAUUCACAAUCCUAGCAUUAGCAUAUGCCCCAAUAUAUACCACCUGGAUGUUGCCGCCAUGUACCCGAACAUUAUUCUAUCGCACCGUUUGCAACCCAAUGCCAUCGUAACACAGGACCACUGUUUCAAUUGCUCCUUCUACAAGCAGCGCCAUUUGUGCCAGAAACAGAUGGUGUGGAAGAGGAAGUUAGAAAUAUCUCCCAUCGAUUAUGGUCAUGUGCUAUCUCUCAUGCAGGACUUGAAAACCCGCCUCUUCUAUCCCCAGAAGAGCUACUUCAAAAUGAACAACAAGGAAGAGUCUGACAGUAGCACGAAUGAAAAUUCGGCGGAUGUACCCCUUAGCAAGAAGAAAUCAUGGAACGAACUGACAGAAAAGCAACAACAUGACGAACUGAUGAUAGUGAUAAAGGAAUGCUCGCAGAGGGUAUUCAAAAAGACAAAGGUAGCGAAGGAAGUGGAUGCCUCUAGUCUGGUGUGUCAAAGAGAAAACCCUUUUUACGUGGACACCGUGAGAACCUUCCGGGAUAGGAGGUAUGUUUACAAAAAGGGGUUGAAAGAAUGCGAACAUGAAAAAAAGGAACUACUAAAAGCAAAAAAAAUAGACUACAUGAAGAUUCAAGAAUUGGAUGAUAAAAUUCUGCUAAACGAUUCUUUACAAUUAGCGCACAAAUGUAUACUGAAUAGCUUCUACGGAUAUGUAAAGAGAAAAAGUAGUCGGUGGUAUUCGGAUCAAAUGGGAGCUAUCGUUACUUACACAGGAUCCCAAAUAAUAAACGGUGCUUUUAAUCUUAUCAACAAAAUUGGAAUACCUGUGGAGUUGGACACAGAUGGAAUCUGGUGUAUGUUGCCAAAGAAAUUCCCAGAAAUAUAUGACAUGUACAUAGUGGAGAAAAGUCGUCUGAACAAUAUGAAGGAGUAUGAAGACAAAACGGAGGAAGAAUUAAAAAAUGAUGCAAGCGUGAAAAAAGUAGAAUUUGAAUUCCCCACCAAUAUUUUAAAUUUUGAGAUGCAUAAAAAAUGGACAAAUCAUCAAUACCUAAUUUAUAAUGAAAAUACAGAUGAUUACGAGUGCAUUAGCAAAAAUGAAAUAUUCUUUGAAUUAGAUGGCCCCUGGCAUGGUAUGUUCCUACCAGCAUCGGAAAAGUCUGAUGAAUUAUUAAAAAAGAGAUAUGUGGUUUUUAAUGACAAAUAUAAAAUUAGCGAAUUGAAAGGAUUUGAAAUUAAGAGAAGAGGAGAACUAAGAAUCAUACAGAAAUUCCAGAGCGAAAUUUUUAAUCACUUUUUAAAAGGAAAAACCAAGGAAGAAUCAUAUUAUUAUGCCUCUCUAACUGCAAACAAGUGGAAAAAUUUAAUAGACAGUAAAGCUGUGGAUAUAGAUAAUGAUGAUGAAUUGUUUGAUCUGAUUUUAGCAAAGAAGGUUUUGAACAAAUCGGUGAAGGAACAACCGAAUGCUAAAAGUUUUGGAAUUACGACUGCUAAACGGUUGAGUGAACUGCUCUGUAAUACAAGUUACGUGGAAGACAAUAAUGUUUCUACGCAAUUUAUUGUUGCGUCUAAACCUAUUGGAUCAGAUAUCACAUUCAGGGCCAUUCCCAUUCAGAUAUUUAAAACUAACGUGGAAACGCAAAUUCACUAUUUGGGAAAAUGGCUAGGCGUUACAUUCCCGCCUGAUGUCCCUGUCAAUGUAAGGGAUAUCAUUGAUUGGGAUUAUUACAAGCAAAAAUUAGAAGUGCAAAUUUUGAAGUUAGUCAUUAUCCCCGCCAUUAAACAAAAUAUCAACAACCCAAUCACAUCCAUUUCUGUGCCUGAGUGGCUGAAAAAGCAAAUUAACAUUUCAGAAGGGAAACAGAAAAAAAUCACCGCUUUCUUUGUUAAAAAAAAUGUUAAGAAGGAAUGCAUUUCGAAUGAUGAGGCUAACAGUAGUACCCCCUUAAAAGGAGAAAUGGACGAGCAGGAGAAUGAGAAGAAAUUGAAGGUAGACGAUCCUAGUUUGCGCUCCUUGGAGAAGAAGAGCCCCUUCCAAGUAGAUGCCACCUUCACUGCGAUGAAUAUUUCAUCUGAAUCAUUGCAUAAGGAUGCCCCCCCCGUCGGUUCGAAGAAGCGCUCUUUAGAUGAGUGCCUUCUGGAAAACUUCAUCUCAAAGCGGAAGAAGCUGGGACAGCUGCACGAUAACAGCAUGGCUGCUCUCACACACGGCAACUCUGGUUCCAUGAUCUACAAAAAAGUUAAUUCCUUCGACAAUUAUCUGGAUAACAACAACGUUAUUAUUAUUAACCACGAAAAAAUUAGCAACUUGAAGUACACGGAGUUGUUGGAAAUCUUCCAAACGGAUUUCAAAAAGUGGAUGCAAAUUAAUAGUCGAAUAUGGAAAAAUAAUCGAAGUCAAAUUAGGAAAAUUAGAAAUGAGGACAAGUCUAAGAGGAAGAAGUAUCCUCUCGGGGAUGAAGAAGAAGACCAACAAGGAAGGAAAAAGACAGGUGCCAAUUCUUUAUCUUAUCAUACAGAUGUGGACGAUGAAAAAAACAACUCCCAAAAAUUGUCCAAACUGGAACCAAAAUAUUUACAUUCUAUACAAAAUGCCAUGGAUAUAGUGCACCUAUACAAAAAGGUCAAAAGGAAGAAAGUCGUCCCCACCCCCACGCCUAGGAAAGGAAAGCAUAGUGUCAUGAACCCCUCCUCCUCCGCCGGUGGUGGGAACAGUUCUAAUAGCCCUAUAAAUAACCCCACAAAGAACGAAAAACAGACAUUGCUAAAACCAUAUUUGGAAUAUUUCAAACAUGAAACUGAGUCAGAUUCUUCCAGUGAUGAAGGUGACAUAUUUAGUGACAGGAAUGUGAUUGACGAGAAUGAUGACGAUGGAAUAUACUACGCGAUUGUGUCGUUAAAAAAUAUGAACAAAUUUUACAAAAUAAAAAUUCAAAUAUAUAGACAUAUUUACAUCAAUAAUUAUGAUCCUCUGGAUAUAAAAAGUAACAACAAGAUUACCAUAAAAUUAGUUUCUUCAUCUGGAUCGUCCAAUUCACCGGGCAGUGAGAAUAUCAAAUUUCAUGCCAACGCAUUUGCACACUGUUUUUUGCCCAGAAAUGUAAAAAUAUUUAAUUUAUACGAAUUUAUUAUGUCGGAGAGGUAUUUCAACAGAUACGUAGUGAACACGCUGAAUGCUAAUUACCACGAAAGUAUUGUGUCUGUAUAUGAGACGAAGAUUCCACUUUACUUUGAUUUCCUGAGUAGAUAUGGAAACUCAGUAGAAAUCGAUUCGAAUAAUUACAAUUCUAUUUUUGAUGAAAACAAAUGCUUCAAGUCUCACUGCUUCUCAAGGGUUGAGAAGAACAAACUGAAAAAUGUUUCUCUCGAUUACCUGGAUGAUGUCCAUUUUAUAUAUAUCCACAUUUUCCAUACACUGGUGAAUAACGUGUGUAACCGCAUCUUCGUUGGUGUAUACGACCAGUUCGAGGAGAACUCGGAUGAUCAAUUGUUUGGUUGUAAGCUCAUGUUCAGUGGCGUCGGCAAGGAGAACGACUCCUCCUUCGACCCGUACGAGGUAUUCUUCAAGUUUACGCACCUGGAGGAUGGUACCAGCAUGAACAAUGCAGCACAUAGCACCCACCUAACAGGGAGACCCGCUCCAAAUCAAAGGCGCGAGCAUCUUAUUGACAAAAACUUUUUUAUCAAGAACGUGCCGAGAGACUUCCUAUUCCUGUAUCAUUACCGCAAGUUCGAAACUUACUUUGAAGACAACACCAAUGUAUACAAAGUGUUGGAACACCUGGAUAUAUACCUGAAUAAAUAUCGAGGUAACAUGCUAACGGGAAAGAAGAAGUACAUCUUCUACGUAUCGUCAACCAUAGAUAAGAACAAACUGGGAUGGUGGAGCACCAACAAAUAUUUCCCUUGCUACUUUUACAAAUUUGAAAAUGCUGCAAAGUACCAAAACGUUAGUCGAAUCAGUUACAAGAAGGAUGCAUUCAAUUUGUCCUUACAACUCUUUUAUGAUAAUUAUCACAAGGUGGAGGAAGAUUUAAAUUUCUCUAGAAUAUCGAAUAUACCUCUCUUCAACUUGCUAAAUGUGAACAAAAAAAACCAGAAGCAUAAAUUUAUAUAUGACACGCUAUACGCAUCCUUUUUAAAAAAAUACAAGGGAAUUUUAUGGUUGUCCUACUUUGGCCACUACGAUUUGGGAAUUCCUUGCUUAAAUAUCAACAACUUCUGUGAUUAUGAUUUGGUGAAGAAAAAUAAUGACAUAAUAAACCAAGGCAUUUACAGGGGAUAUAUAGUUCAUCUAUUUUUUAACGAGUCCCUCAUAUUUAACAGCGUUAGACUGUUCACCAAGUAUGCUAAUGUGAAAGCUUCCACUGAGUACUACCAUUCCUCCGUUCCUCGUAAAAAUACCCACAUAAAAAAAGGAGACCACAGAGGAGGAGGAGGGGGUACUGAACAUGACGCUGCGGCUAAGUGGCGCCAUCGGAUGAAGUAUGCAAAACAAGAUUAUCAAAUUGAGGAUGGAUUGGACGAAGAUGACAUGUCUACAACGGACGACAAUUAUAAUAAAUUGGGAGGAAAUGCACACAGGAAAGGAAAAAGGGGCAUGACGCAACAUAAAAUGGAUGAUGCUACUAAAAGAGAUGGGCGUGAAAACAGCGACAAUGAGUGGGAUGAUGACAUGGAAGGAGAGGACGAGGAGAACAACCUGUCUAACUUGAACGAAAAGAAAAACAUAGUAAAAAAUAAAUACGACAUAAAUACCAUCGUGGAACAGAAUUCACAUGUUUCCCAAUUUAGCAAUCACGCAUUUAAAAUAUUGGGGAAAUCAUUAGAGUACCUCAUAUCGAAGAUCUCCUCCCUGUCCAUGUUAAUAACAAAUAAGACAUUCGAAAGUAUCUCUGAAAUUUUCACCUCCUUCUACUCAUGGGUCUCCAACAAUUCCAGUUUGCUGUACGAUGUCGCAUUAUACAACAAGGUAUUAGAGUGUACAGAAAUUUACCAAAAUAAUUUAAUCAACAUAAUGAAAAAAAAAUUUAAUGCUAAUAUAAUUUUUGCGGACUCUAGAAAUUUCGUUAUUUCCUUUAAUGAAUUUUCAGUGGUAUCGGGAAGAAAUAUUCUAAAAGGCCUAAUCCAGUACUUCUCGCACAGAGACUCCAUAUAUGCUAAUGUGCCUUUUUAUAUUAAACAGGAAUAUAUUGCAGCUUGCCAAUUUGAUAAAUAUAAUUUUAUACGGUAUAAGGAAUAUUCCAAUCCGAAUGAAGAAAACACGGAUGAAAAUUUAAAGAUAAUUGAAUAUCUUCCCCCUAUUUGUGAAUCCUUCCUGAGGUAUGUCCUCGACGUGAUCACCUUGAACCCUCUUCAAGAUAUAAUCACGAUGUAUGAUAAGUUGGAUCCCCCCUGCGCCAAACAAAUGGAAGGAGGAGUGCUCACCCUGUCCUCUCCGGGAAAACCAAUCACAGUAGAUGAACAAAAUGAUAAAAAAAUAGGAGAUCAGACAGAAUCAAAUAGGAAGGAUGAAAAGAACUACUUCAAUAUGGUACUCAAAAGUGACAAAUUAACGGACAAGAUAAACUUAACACAAAAGGCACAAUUGAAAUAUAUUUAUGAUAAUUCAUUUGACGAUAUGGAUGAAGUGUGCGAAAGUUUAGCUCUCAUAAACGAAAAUGUAGACGUGCUGUCAUACAAAUUAGAAGAGAAGCUAAAAGAUCUGUGGUUCAUGCCUGGACAUAUUUAUAAAAAAAUUAAAAAAUCUAUCAAGUAUAAAAAAUAUUUAGUGGAAAAUUACUGGCCAUAUGAUGAUGAAGAAAUGGAUGAAAUGGACGAAAGUAAUAUUAACAUGGUCCCAUUUUUAUUUCCAAAAACUUUGGGAAAUCUAGCCAAAAGAGAAAAUAACUGGAGAUUAGAAAUUGUCAAGUUCUGCAUAUUUCUCAUGCAAAAUGAUAAGCUCCUAAAUCUCGAGAAUGAAAACUGUAAUGAAGCCUUCCACGAAAAAAGGCAUGAACUUUUUGAAAUUGUGGGCGACAGUGAAUAUAACAGGAAAAAUUCACUCUGGAAAAGUCCUUGCCCAGAAUUAAUUUUAAAAGAUAUUUUCUGUGAAAAUUGUUCAUCAGUGUACCACAUGAAUGUUGUCACCAGUUUGGUCGAGGCAGAGAUCAACGGAAAACCAUCCUUCAUUUGGUUAUGCAAAAACUGCAAUUCCAAAUAUGAUAAUGAUUUUAUUGAACUAAAAAUUUUGUCCCUGUUGCAGGAGACCUUUGAUGCCUAUAAUGCCCAAGACCUGGUAUGCAACAACUGCAACGCCAUCAAGUCCUUCUACCGAAGGGCAAUUUGCAAAUGCGGGCAAACCUUUACGCCUCGUUUGGAUAUAACCAACUGGAAACGAACCCUGGAAAUUAUGGAAAAUUUAGGCACCAUGUUGAACAUGCCUAUUUUGCUAGACGUUUUAAAUUCGAUGAAAACGUACCUUGUGUAA